AUGUCAGCAGCGAGCGCCGACUCAGCGAAUGGGCCCCAUCCCACAGGCGGGCCCCAGUCCCUCGUUUCUGUGCGCAACGGCGUGCAACCUGAGGACCCCCAGUGCCCUGCUUCCGCAUGUCCGGAGGUAUAUCUGACAGAUCGCCUGCCGCAUGCAAUUCUCCUAGACGCGUUGCCGUAUGUGGACCCUUUGCCAGCAGAGCAGCAGCAGCAAGUGCAGCAGCUACUACAGCAGGAAAUGGCGGCUAUAGCGCAGGAGGCGGGAGGACCGAGUUGCAUCCCCGACUACCUGAAGGAUCUCCCUUUUCCUCAGUUGCCCUUGCUUGAUGAUAUGGAAUGCAUGCUGGGCAAAGAAAUGGCCAGGAAGGCAAAAGGUGACCCAAUUCCCGAACUGGAUAUGUCCAAGUACACUGCCUUCUCUGUCCCCUCUGGCGCCAAAGCAUCAGACCCUAAGGCAUGGGAAUCUGCUGUUUCGCAGUGUCAACAGUUACUGCAGCAUGCAGCGACGGCCCACAUAAACCUGGAACUUAUGAAUUCUCAUGCUGCUGCUUCUUGGCAGAGACACCUCACCAAUCUUACUCAAGCUAAAGACAGAAUGACCGGCUUGGCCAAGCGUCGCGCUGAGGAGGCAAAUUCGAUCUGUAAGAUACGAAAGAUGCAACAGGUGGAGGCAGCCGGAACCCUGAAACAGCUCGAGCAAACGGCUCAAGAAUAUAAGACAAACAACGCCUCCAUCAUUGAGGCCUUGGGUCCUCUGAGCGCGGAGGUCCUCGACUUGAAAGGCAAAUGCAGAAUCAGAGGUAUUUUGCCUGAGUACGCGGAAGAAGACGAAUUCGACCUGGAUGCUUGGCAUGAGGCUGCAGGGACUACAUCGUAA